UAUUUUUAUUUUUUCAGAUUAAAUAAAAGAAUCUUUAGCAGCUUCAAGAAGGUAUACACAAUUUUUUUUUUGUGAAAUGUAUGUUUUUAUUAUUGUAUAUUUUUUUGUUUUAUUUUAAUUUUUAUUUGAUUUAACUAAUUUUAUUGGGUAUGUUAAAGAUGUAAAAUUUUUACAUUUUUAUAUUUUUCAUCUUUAAAGUAAAGUACAAUGUCAGCUAGUCUAGCGACAUACCACGGUGGGGAUGGUGAUGGUAGGGACCCCCCUGAUCCUUCUAGGGUACUCGCAUCCUGCGAAUCAGUUGAACCAAAGGUCAGAAAAGGUCGUGGUCUUGCAUCAAAUGCUAAACUUGAACAAAGAAGGAGGGACGCUGGUAAGCCAUUAGAGCUUGAGGUGGAUCUUGAAACUGGCAAAGUAGUUGGGACUGAAGCCAGCGCUUACGUUCGAUUUAUGGGCCAGCAAGUAUCCAUUUUGUGUCCAGGUCAUCAUUAUAAUUUUUCUGAUGUACCCCAACAAUAUAAAGAUCUCGUGCUUAAUCGAAUAGGGUAUUAUUUUAAUAUUGACGGGAAUCCCCAUCGAGAGCUACUUAUGGGGACUUUAUAUACGGAGAUGGCGGAGAGGUAUAGUGAGCGAAAGACCAACAGACACAGAUAUUUUAAACAACAUUACACUAAACCAGAAGAUUGGGAGAAAGUUCUUCAAUUGCCCCCUGACUACUUGAAUACGGAGAGUUGGAAGCCUAUUUGCGAAAUGUUCAUUAGCAAAAAAUUUUUGAACCGCUCAAGUAAAAACAAAGCAAAUAGGCAACAGAUGAAAUAUCCAACGACGCAAGGCACAAGAUCGUUGGCUUCGAUACGACACGGAUAUGGGGGUCCUCCCGGAGAGCAUGCAGUUGAUGCAUGGAAGGCAGUUCAUACGAAACAGCCGUCUGGCGAUUUCGUUAAUGAAGUUGCUGCAAAAGAUUAUGAGGAACUGGUAAAGGAGCUUGAUAGGAAACGACUUGAAAGACAAUCCCAGAGCGAUACAUCUAGUACUGAAUCUCAUGUUGGUUAUCAGUACGACGUUCUAGGAAAAGUUCUUGGCGAAAGAUCUGACUAUCAAAGAGGCGUGGGUAAAAGGGUCAAAGGCAAAGGAAAGAAGUCAUUUACUCAAAGUCAGUCGACGAUGCCUCCUCCGCCAGCUACUGAAAUGUUUAGCACUAUGGCAGAAAUAUUCUCAACUAUGCGUGACACAUUUGGGAGUGCUUUGACGCCUGAACAACGUGCUAAUUUAUAUAACCCACGGUUUGAGAACUUUAUUCAAAUGUAUAGUCAAUCGCAGUCGCCUGGCGAUUCGUCUUCUCAGAGUUAUGCCGCUCCUCCACAACAUCAACAACAACCUCCUUCGCAGCAGCAACCCCAAUCUUUUCCUCAACAGCAACAACAGUCUGGUCCGCAAUUAGGAAAUUAGUUCUUAUAUAGAACUCCAUCAGAGUCUCCUCCGCUCGGCUCAAAUUUUAUUGAUUUUGGAUUAUUUGGGAGUUUGUCGCAGGAGCAACAAUUUUUUUCAACUCCUAUUCUCAACCAAGAUGAGCUGGGAAAUCUAAUACUGGGUUUAUCAUCAGAUCAGCCAUAUGUUCCUUCUCCGCCACGGUCAUCGGAACUCGUAAUGAUAAUAAUGCGGAUCAAGACUUUAUAACUCGAGACCUUAAUAGAUUUUAUGGAAUAAUUUGUUUAUGUUUUUUAAUAAUUUAGUUUAAUUUUGAGAUAUUGUAAUAGAAUUAACGUUAAAAUAGUUUAUUUUGAGACAUUUUUAAAUUAUUAAUAAAUAUUAUUAGAGUUAAAUUAUAAUAUUUGUAAUUUGAUUAAUUAUAUUUAAAUUACUAUUUAUAUAUUUAUAAAUAAUUAUUUAUAUAAUUAUUAAUUAUUAAUAUAUUAUAUAAUCAUUAAUAUAGUAUUGUAUAAUUAUUUAUAUAAUAUUAUUUAUAAAAUAAUUAUUUUUUUAUUUUUAAAUAAUGUUAGCGGCAGAGCAUUAGCGGCGGGGUCCUGCCGCUAAUGCCCUUUGCCUGUUGUGAAGUUUGAAAUUGGCAGAUGGCAUUAGCGGUGGGAUCCCGCCGCUAAUAAUUAUUAGCAGCGAACACCAAUUUCGCCGCUAAUAAUAGUAUUAGCGGCUAAUUAUUAGUGGCGAACUUUUAACAGGGAAUUCCUGCCGCUAAUGGCCUAUUGUGGACGAAUCUGGGGUUAUUAGCGGCAGAGUGGUCCACCGCUAUAUAUGUUGUAGUGUAUGCCACUAUAUGUGAAUGUGACUUC